AUGACUACUGAAACCUUUGUAAAAGAUGUGAAGCCUGGUCUCAAAAAUUUAAGUGUGAUUUUUAUUGUUCUUGAAACAGGCAGAGUCACCAAGACAAAGGAUGGACAUGAAGUGAGAACUUGUAAAGUGGCUGACAAGACGGGAAGCAUCAACAUCUCUGUUUGGGAUGAUGUGGGAAGCUUGAUCCAGCCUGGGGAUAUCAUCAGACUUACAAAAGGCUAUGCUUCUGUCUUCAAAGGUUGCCUGACUCUUUACACAGGACGGGGAGGUGACUUGCAGAAAAUCGGAGAAUUUUGCAUGGUAUAUUCUGAAGUGCCUAAUUUUAGUGAACCAAACCCUGAGUUACUGACACAGCAAUCUCAAAACAAACAGGCACAAGCAGACAGCCUGCCAGGAACAGCCAAUCACAGCUCCUCCAGCAGUGCGGCUCCAGCAGCUUCUGAUUUGCCAAAUGGUAAUGGAACCAACAACCAAAGCAGUACUGUACAUCCACCCCCAGCAACUGCUCAUCCAUCAAGUGGACGAAUUACACGUAGCCAGCCUAACCACUCACUCCCUGGAGCACCAAAUUCCAUUAGUAAUGGCAAAGAGACACGGCGGACUGGGAAGAGAUAG